AGGAAGUACUCCUUGUGUGUGUGUCCCACCGCAGAUCCAAAACGGAAAAGGCUGUGAACUUAACGACUUCACUCCGUAUGGCGUCCUACCACCGUAACUGAUCAUACAACCCGUUCUCCCACUAUGUGCAGGCUCUUCGAUCACAGUGACACACACGAGCAAACAGUACAGUGCAUGCAUUCAUGGAUAUAGUUGGUGGUCCAUUCAACCAUCUGGUUCCCAGUGACCAGUUGGAUGAUUCCUUGCUGCUCGGACAAAAUCUGGAAUGUGAAGCAAGUGAUGAGUUUGAUCCGGGUAGCAGUCAACCAGAAGAUUCACUGAAGAACAUGCUCAGUGAUAAAGAUCCCAUGUUUGGAUCUGCCAGCGACCAGUUUCAUCUUUUAGAAAAUGAAGAUGUCAAUUUCAAGCUUGGAAGCUCAGCUGAUGCAGACCAUGACAUAACAACAGGUGUUAAUCAGAGUCCAUCUGAUGAAGAAAAUGGUCAGCCCAGUUUCUCACAGGGAAGAAGACAUGCAAGUCAUCCACAGAGGAGACAAACAGCAAGCCGGGGUAGAGUCAAAGGUGCACCAGGCAGGCGUCCAGGACCUGCACGAAGAACAGCAGGCAGGAACGACCAAGAGGCAACAUCUAGUGGAAACUCGAAUGAAGAAACAAGUUUAAAAAAAAGAGAAGCCCUACUUAGUCGUCGAUUUGGAAUCCAUGAGGUUGAUUCAUCGAUGAACCCAGUAGUUGUGUUACGCCGAUUAACUGUCACUGUGGGAGGCUAUAAAAUUGAACUGCUCCCUGGACCAUCUCAUUCAUUUGGAUCAUUUAGCACAAGCGCCCUUCAAUCCAUGGGCUUCCAGGAUGACUCUUUGCCUGCUGAUGGUAUCGGACUAGAUUUGGGACAAAACCAGGACAGUAACACACAAGAGGUUGAUAAUUCCACACAAGAUGUUGUGGGGGAAGUGAUUGUUGGCCAGCCCGGUAGCGACGACAUGCCGAUGGAUUUUGGACCGUAUGUGAACCCAAAUGAUGUGCAAGAUGCCAAGAGCACAAUGCCAUUCAAGCCCAGCAUGGAAAAUGCCACACCAGCAGACACCAAAUCGAAUGACCAAAUCAAGACACCGAAGCCUAGCAUGCACAAAUCUCAGAACAAAAACGGCACAGCAGUUCAGCCAGUGGUCAAAAAGAUUUUGAAACACAAACCAACUCUCUCUGCAGUAAAAAACAAGCAUUCUCAACUUGGCAGGCCAGGUCUCUUACAGAAGGUAUCCAAACAAAACAAAGACAAGAAAAUCCAUGUGAACCGACCAGAGAAAGUUCAAAGACACAAAGGGAAACCUGCUAACUUGAGCUUGAAACGCCCAGGAGGGCCUCUAUCUCCUGAAUCACCCUCAAAAAUACAGAAGACUCAAGAUGGACAUCCUGUGCAACAAAAUGUUAGCCCGUCUGUCCCUGCAUCCGCAACUGUUGGUAGAAAGCCAUCCUCUGAUUCUGGCCCUGGGGUCAAGUCAGUCCUAAAUAAAUCUCCUCACCAUCCGAAAAAGCCACAGAAUCCUCCCACCCCAGUAAACAAAACAAACCCACCGUUGACAAACAGCCAAGGCGAUGAGGAGCAGGAGAAGAUGAUCAAGAAGCCAGAAAAAAUCCAGCAGAGGCACAAGAGUAGAAAUUCUCGGAGUAUCUCAAUAGAGGAACCACCACUGUUUAUCCCAGAUAAUGCCCCUGUGGUGAAGAAGGAAGCUGAGGGUGACCACCCUCCUCCUCCUGAAAGUGAGACCGUGUGGGAUCCCAACAAGCACUGCAGAUUGUGCAAGAAACCACACAACAACAGGUUCAUGGUGGGCUGUGGGCGCUGUGAUGACUGGUUUCAUGGAGACUGUGUGGGCCUGGAUCUGGCUAAAGUUCAACAGAUGGAAAAGGAGGACCAAGAGUACGUGUGUUUGAAGUGCUGUGCUGAAGAGGACGGGAAACCUGGUGGGCAGGCCACAGAGCAGUCAGAUGAUAAGUUAUCAUGUAAACAAAAACAGAGACCCCAGCAGUCACUCACUGCAGGUGGAAUACGACCCUUCAGAAAAGACAUGGGAGAAAGACGACUGUCAGAAGAUUCUGUGCCAAGAAGUGGACCAAAUGUGAAGCAUGAAACGAAGAAAGUUAAAGUUUUUCAUGUGAGCUCAAAAAAGCCGUCUACUGGACAAAUCAGGCGGAAUGUUAGAGACUCACUGGAAGAUAUUCUUCUGAAACGACUGAAGGAAUCCGAUAUGAAGAUUUCAUUGGACAAGCCUGCUGAGUUGGCCAGAAAGAUGGAGAAAGAGCUAUUUGCUCUCUUUCAGGGUGUUGACAGCAAAUACAAAAACAAAUACAGAAGUUUGACUUUCAACCUGAGAGAUGCAAAAAAUAAUGUGUUAUUCAAGCGUGUACUCAUGGGGGAAGUUUCCCCUGCUGAUUUGGUUCGUAUGACUGCAGAAGAGCUGGCCUCAAAGGAACUGGCUGCUUGGAGACAAAGAGAAAAUCGACAUACAAUUGAAAUGAUUGAGAAAGGAGAGAGAGAGGCAGAAAGACGCCCUAUCACUAAAAUCACCCACAAAGGAGAAAUUGAAAUUGAGAAUCAGGAGCCUACCAAAGCUCCAGAGGCCAUUGAAGUUGAGCCAGAGCCUGUGCCGAAAGCAGUGAUCGUGCCUGAGGAGAAACUCCUUGAGGCUAAAGCAGAUAGUCCCAAGAAAUCUGUAGAUACCACCAGUCUGCACAAGUCUCAUCUUUUUGACCUCAGCUGCAAAAUUUGCACAGGUCGUAUGGCCCCACCUUCAGAGGAAGCCUCUACAAAGGUAAUGAAAGUGGCUACAACAGUCAUGAGGAGGCAGUCAAGUGCUGCUGAGGAACAUCCAUCUUCUACAACUACACCGACAUCAGCACUGAUGGAUGAUCUGUCUUUAAGAGCCAUGGAGGAAGGUCUCCUCAAUUUUUUGCCUGAAUCCAGGUCAGAUAGUCUGAGUAGCAAGGAAGAUACAUCUACUUUCCUCAGCAACUUGGAGAAAUUGUGGGGUGGCUUUGUUGAUAUGCUUGCUGUGGCUAGGUUUUUAACAAAAGCUUAUCCUGUCUCUGGAAUUCUGGACCACCUAAUACAGGAUUUGCCGGACAACAUCCAAGUAGGUGGACGGAUUUCCCCUCAAAUAGUCUGGGACUAUGUUGAGAAAAUUCGUGCUUCUGGGACAAAGGAAAUUUGUAUAAUUCGUUUUGACCCUGAAACAGAAGAAGAUGAGAUCUCAUACACUUUGCUAUAUGCCUAUUUUAGUAGCCGUAGAAGAUAUGGCGUUGUUGCCAACAACCGUAAACAGGUUAAAGACAUGUAUCUCAUUCCACUUGGCUCCACGGAAAAAAUUCCCCACCAGAUUGUUCCGUUUGAUGGCCCAGGACUGGAGACCAACCGUCCAAAUCUUCUUCUUGGAUUGAUCAUUCGCCAGAGACCUAAAAGGGACUUUGGAGUAAUCCUUCCUAGUGAAGUUAGUGAAGCUCCAAGUUUCUUGGUAGAAAGCAAACCUCAGGUUAACUACAAGCAGAAGGCUUCUAUGGCACAAGAUGUGGACCGAAGUUUUAUAAAUGUUCUGGGGUCCACACAUAAAGACCCUGAAGAUCUGAUUAAGACAGUUGUUGAUGAACCGAUAAUGGAUACGGAGACCGAUGAGAAUGUUUCUUUGCGUUUUCUUCCUGGUGUGCUGAAGCUGCCUGGAAACACCACAUCCACCUCAAGCGACAAUGUAAAGAGUGUCUCUACCACACCAGUGCCCAAGACUUCAACUGUUGAUGGUGGAAGUCAAGCAGGAAUCCAUCCUAAAAAUGCAAGCAGUGCUCCUCGACUUGACCGCUUUAUUAUCAGGAAAAAAGACCACAAAACCAUCAAAACGGAAGACGCACCAUCCAACUCCAAUCUAGAGACAAGCUCAGAAGUGACUGAAAAAGAAAGCAGCCCCCAGACUGGCGUUGUACUUUCUCUUAGUGACAAACCGCCAGAUGUAUCAACUGAGAGUUUCCUAUCAUCUCUCCCAACGGCCAAACCCAAAGAGGAGUCAAGCAACACUAAUGUAAAGAGUUGCACAGCUGCACCAUCUAGUCAAGAAACAAAUGAAACCACUGUGUCAAAUGCGUCAAAAUAUUCUGUUAACAACAGUUCAAACUCUGUCCCCACUGAAAUUGUUUCGAGUCCCACCAAGACUUUAAAGACACCUCCCCCUGGUAUUUUAAAGAAAGGGUCUUUAUCAUCUGAUCUUACUGAUUUGAAACCGCAACAGUCAGUCAGUAAUUCAGAAACAUCUCAGCAGAAUGUUAAUCUGCAACCACCUUCUCAACUCUCCCAAGAGUGCAAAGCCGUCGAGGACAUCCAGCCCAUCACCACCAUCUCAUCUACAGGCAAAAAUGAAGGUCUCAAGCAGUCCAGGUCCUCUUCUUUCAACCCCAAGUUUUACAAUCCACCAAGCCAAGGUCCUCCACCACCUGUUUUUCCAUCUUACCUCACUGUUGCACCUGAACACCAAUACCACCCUGUGCCGGUACACAAUUACCCUCCCCCUGCAAAUCCUGCCCCUUUCAUACCUCUUCUGUCGCCUCCACCUUUCCCAUUUCCUCCUGGCCCCCCUCCACAAGUUUUUUCUCAAUCUAAUCCUCAAAGUCACAUGGUUGCUCCACCUUGGCCUCAAACCAUACCUCCUCCAAUGCUACCUGGACCUCCAAUGAUGUAUGAGAACCAAAGGGUGCCUGAGCCCAGUUUGCCGAUCCCUUCACCCUCAAGCAAAGAUGAGAAGGGUUCUGACAAGUCGUCCAGACACUCGGAGGACACCUACAAGAAGGACGACCGAGACCACUAUGACCGACACCAUCACAAAAGCAAGCACUAUGACAAGGAUCGAGAAAAACACAGGGACAGGAGUCACAGUCACAAAGACCACCACUCGAAAGAUGACCGGCAUGAGAGGCCGAGAGAGCGGCAUCACAGCAGCAGCAGCAGCAGCAGCAGCAGUCAUCACAGGGACCGAGAUAAAUACAGACGGGACUCUGAUUACGAAAAACAUCGGAGGGACUCUAGAGACAGGCGUUUGUGAUCUUGAUACUCAAAACCACAUCUGCUUCUUGCUUUUGAACCAGUCCAUGUUCUUUAAAACUCUGUAACACAGUAGAUGAAAGAUAUUUAUACAGGUGCAAAAUGAGUUUUAUAUUAUGAACAGCUGUUAGUACAAGAUUUUUAGUAUGUUUGUUGUUUUAAACAUAGAGUAUAUUUGUUGGUUUUAAAUGUAAUUUUUUCACCACAGUCUUUCAGAGACUAACCAUGUCUUCACAAGGAGCUUGUCAAAAGCAGUUACAAGAUUUGGAAAUGAUACUACAGUUACACGCAUAGUGCCAUGAGAAAAACAUCUCAUGGAUCAUGACAAUGGCUUCUUUUGCUUCACCAUUUUGUUCCAUUUUAAUUUUUCUAAAUUGGCUCAAGUAUUUUCUAUGUUUCAGGUGACAAAUAUUUCUUUGUACAUAUUGGCUUGUCACACUAAAGAAUUGUGCAUAUUCAGCACAAUGUGUUCAUGUACAGUUCAUAAUAAAAUGUUUUUAUGGUUAGUGAAGAGGCUGAAAUGAAAAUCUUUGUUCCUUAAAGAGGCCCAUUUUUUUAUUGAA